GGUGGUCGAGGCCCAAACCCAUUGGAAACAAGUGGGUGGGUCAGAACGGGUCCGGGUUUUGCAGCCACAGUCAGUCAGAGGGAAACUCUAUUGCCCGUCCGAGCGGUCACGCCCGGGACUUACCCUCCACUCCACGCCGUCGUCAUCUAGAACUCCUCAAAACUCCUAACCCUGAAAGACCUAGGAAUCUACUUCUUACUCAAACAAGUCCCACAAAUAUAUAUACACAUACGCGCACACGGAAUGGGUAGAAUAAUCUCAGACCAAAGAACCUCAAGAUUAAAAGUAGCUUCUCAUCGAACGGGCUUCUGAGCGGUAAUCAUCACCAACUCCUGACUUUUAAUUUUUGACUUUUGACACGAUGGGCCGAGGAAAGUUCAAGAACAAGCCCACUGGAAAGCGCCAGUUCUCGACUCCAGAAGAGAUGCUUGCUGGUACAUCUAAAUGUCCUUGAACUUUUAGACAGGAUACAUUCUUCAUUGUUAGUUUUGAAAGAAAAGUAAUGUGUUUUUCUCUUGUGCAGUUGGGGAAAACAACUGAACUUUCAAGGCGUGAAAGAGAGGAGUUAGAGAAACAGAAGGCUCAUGAGCAACAUAUGAAAUUGCAAGAACAGGGGAAAACAGAACAAAGAUCUAGAGCGUUUAUCCCUUAUACGUCAACAAAGGGCAGAAGCGGCCAAAAAGCGGGAAGAAGAAGGCUGCCAAGGAACUGAAGAAGGCAGAAGCUCGCAAAUGACCUCCUGGAAAUUGUUAUGCCGAAGUUGUGUUGUCCUAGACUCCUAGGUUCAAGAAAAAUCUACCAUUUGUUUUGUUGUUAGUACAUUUAUAAUUGAACAUUAUUAUUACAUAUUGGCAAUUGUGUAAUCAGGUUUUUUCCCUACUUUCGGCUCAGUAAUCUGGACAUGUUAUCUUUAAAGAAAUAUAAAUCUGUAUACAAGAUGUUCUAUACGAAUUA